AUGUUCAACUUGCAAGUUUACGACAUUAAAAGGAACCAUCUGGGCGAAAUUUCAGUCGAAGCUACCAGCAGGGUAAGGUCGAUAAAAUGGAAGAUCGCCGAACUGACCAACCUGUCAGUGCACCGACAGGCUUUGAAGGCGACCAGGAACGGGAUUGACCUAAAGGACUCCUUGACCACCGUUCAGGCCAACUUGAUGGAGAACAAGAAGAUAUUCGUCAAGGAUUUGGGACCGCAAGUGAAGAUGAGCACCUUGUUCAAUUAUCAACACGCCGGUUCGUUGUAUAUUUUCGCCUGCGUCAUUCUGAAACCCGACAUCAUUUUCCACAACUGGGAUAGCAGCACGAGCUUAACCUUGUCAACCCUUGUGGCUUUAAUCUGUUGGAGUCUGCAUUUUAUCAAGAAGAUGUGGGAGACUGCCUUCCUCUACAAGUUUUUCUCCAAAACCAUUCACAUUAAGUACUUGUUCGCGUACUGCCCCUACCUCUGGAUAUUGACCUUCUACGUGGCUUACCACAUCAGCCAUCCGUACUACACACCUCCUCCAGUUUUGGUCCAAUUGGUAGGCUUCCUCGUCUUCCUCACUGGAGAAGUUGGGAACCUGAGCAUCCACUUCCUGCAACGUGACUUUCGGAGGUCACGCAAGAACAUCCGCGAAGUACCAAAUCCCAACGAGAACCCCUUCACCAAACUGUACCACGUGGUGUCCUCUCCCAACUACACCUACGAAUUCAUCACCUGGGUCGGAUUUGCUGUGAUGACCAGUUGCCUACCGGCAGGCAUCUUCGCCGCACUCAGACUGUGGCAAAUGGCCAACUGGGCUUUGGCCAAACAGAGGAAACUACGCAGAAUAUUGCCCAAAUACCCCAAAAACAGGAAAGCGAUUCUUCCAUACAUUUUGUAA